CUUAAUGUUUAAGAAUUGUCCACGUUUCACAGUAUUUAGUUAGGUUUCCUGUAUAGAAUAGCUGCAAAAAAAAUCAGUUGUUAGGAAUUUAAAGCUCACUUUCACAUACAUUACAAGUAUUGUUUUAACAUUAUGUUAUGAAGGUAAAAAUAGACGUACAGAAAGUUAUACUGUGUUUAAACUACAGUAUAUAUGUUCGAAAACCAUCAAGGUGUUUUGCGGUACCUUAAAAUUAGCCGGUGUAAUUGUUUAAGAGACAAUUUGUUUGGUUUUUAGAACCGAUUUUAGAUCAGGUUUCAGGUGUGUGCUGCGCAUUAACUGGCGAAAUAAACGAGCGGAAUAAGUAACUAGCCAAUAAUUAUUAUGGGGAUGUAAAGCCUCGCGCACAAUGAGUUGCGCACCGAGGUUGUUCCCGGGAGCUGUAAAUCACUUAGCGCGCGUGAACGUUGCCCCGGGCUCGGGAGGGAAGAUUUCACAACGUGUUGCAGCGAGCGGAGAGGCGCGUGUGUUGUUCCGCGGUGAGUCUGCGGAUUGCCGUGUUUGCCGAGUCUGCGUGUGCUUUGUUUCCCCCCCCCGCAGGUGCUCCCGUCUGCCCUUGGAAGGCGGGAGGGAACUCGCUGUUAACAAUGGUCGCGAUAACAGCAGUUGUCUGAGUCGCUGGUUUAAACGUCGGCCCUGGCGGUCGCAUCCCCGCACGGCCCUCCAGACCGCACGAGGGAGAGGAUCUUCCUGGGCAGUGAACGAGAGACGUCCUGCCAGUUCCUGCAGCAGCACCUUCGCAGCAGCGUCAAUGCUGGAGGCAGUCAUCUUGUUUUCGUCUGCUGGAGCCGCCAUUUUGUGGAAGUAAGUAACAGACAUGGAUGUUUCCAAGAAAAAAUUCAACCCCAACCCCAUUAAGAAGGCCAACAUACUAUCAAGGGUAUUUCUUUGGUGGAUGAAGGACUUUCUCUGGACGGGAUUCAAAAGAGAUUUGGAGCAAGGAGAUCUCUAUGAUGUGCUGAAAGCUGAUUCCUCUUCAAGACUUGGAGAUCUUCUUGAGAGGCACUGGAACAAUGAACUGGCAUAUUCCAAGGAAAAAGGAAAGGAUCCCAAUUUGCUGUACGCAAUAUUCAAAGCCUUUGCAACCCAAUACAUGUUCAGUGGCUUUAUAAGUCUACUAUUUUGCAUGGUGUUUAGAGUAGCGCAGCCUCUGAUCCUGAAGAAGGUGAUAGAGUUCUUCACGCCCGGGAACAGCAUGGACCAGCAGGAGGCUCUGAUGUACGGCGCCGGCCUGGUGGUGAACGGCGUGGUGAUGGCGCUGUGCAUGCACCACUCCUUCCUCACCGCCUGCAUCGUGGGCAUGAGGAUCCGGGUGGCGUGCUGCUCGCUCAUGUACAGGAAGGUUAUGAGACUGAGCAAAACCUCAUCUGGACAAACGACGACCGGACAUCUAGUGAACCUCAUGUCGAACGACGUGAACCGUUUCGACAUGGCCACCCAGUAUUUGCACUUCCUGUGGAUCGGCCCGAUGCAAGUGCUGCUGAUCACGUAUUGCCUGUGGCUGUACGUCGACAUUUCGGCCUUCGUUGGAGUGGUGUUUGUUUUCCUGCAGACUAUACCUGUGCAAAGCAUCAUCAGCAAGUGCCUGGCCGACCUGCGGGAGAAGAUCGCCGUGCGCACCGACGAGCGGGUGCGCCUGAUGAGCGAGAUCGUGUCCGGGGUGCAGGUCAUCAAGAUGUACGCGUGGGAGAGGCCGUUCGCCAACAUGGUGGCCGUGGCCAGGAGGUAUGAGAUGAACGUCAUGACGAAGGCGUCAUACCUAAGAGGAGCGAACUUGUCAUUCAUGGUGUUUACGGAGCGCACCUCUCUCUACUGCACUGUUCUGGCCUACUACUUGUUCGGGAACAUUAUCACAUCCGACAGGGUUUAUUCAAUGGCCCAGUUCUUCAAUGCGCUUAACUUGAUACUGGCCAUAUUUAUCCCGUAUGCAUUGUCGACCGGAGCUGAAGCCAAAGUUUCAGUUCACAGGAUACAAGAGUUCCUGAUGCAGGAGGAGCGGCACGCGGCGGGCAACACUGCGCAGGCGCGGGACAAGAGCGCCGGCCGGGUGGGGGCGUGUGUCGUUGAAGGGCGGGCCAAGUGGGUGUCCGGCCAGGCCGAGGACACUCUCAGCGGCAUCUCGCUGCGCGUUCCGCCCGGCUCGCUGUGCGCCGUCAUCGGCCCCGUCGGCUCCGGCAAGAGCUCCUUGCUGCACGCGCUCCUGAGGGAGCUGCCCCUGCACAGCGGCUCCGUCCAGGUGGAGGACGACGUGUCGUACGCCUCGCAGGAGCCGUGGUUGUUCGUGGGCUCGGUGCGCAGCAACAUCCUGUUCGGCCAGCCCUACGAGCCCAGGAGGUACCAGGAGGUGGUGAGGGUGUGCGCCCUGCAGAGGGACCUCGAGCUGUUCCCGCACGGCGACAAGACCAUCGUGGGCGAGCGGGGCGUGUCCCUCAGCGGGGGCCAGCGGGCGAGGAUCAACCUGGCCAGGGCGGUGUACCGGAAUGCUGACCUGUACCUCCUGGAUGACCCUCUCUCGGCCGUGGACACCCACGUGGGCAAGCACUUGUUCGACAUGUGUCUGCGCGGCUACCUGGCCUCCAAGACCCGCAUUCUCGUCACACACCAACUACAGUACCUCAAGGAUGCAGACCUCAUCGUCAUACUGAGAGACGGGAAGAUAGAAAAUCAGGGCAGUUACAGCGAGAUGCUGAACAGCGGUUUGGACUUCGCCAAGCUACUGCCAGAUGACGAGAAAGAAACAAAAGACAAGAAAGAAGAAUUCGAUAGUGAGAGCAUGAAGCUUUCAAGGCAUUCAUCCAUAAUAAGUAGGCAUUCGUCUAUUAAGAAAAGACAUUCAUCUAUCAGGGAAAGACAAGCAUCCAUUGCAUCUUCGAUUAGCAAAGACGAUUUCGAUCCGGAAGUGGAAGAGGAGUCCCAAACAUCUGGAGCCGUCAAAUGGGACACGUACAUAAGUUACAUAAGAGCCGGUGGCAACUAUUUCUUGGUGUUUUCCGUGUUCUUCGUCAUCGCCCUCAGCCAAGUGUCGACAAGCUGCGUGGACUACUGGUCCAGCAUCUGGACCACGAUGGAAGAAAAGAGAUUGUUCUACUACGACGUGAACGGGACGGACCCGGCGCCGGAGAUCGUGUCGGACCUGCUGCCCGUGACCACCAGCCAGGCCAUAGCCAUCUACGGCGGCCUCAUCCUGCUGUGCGUCGUCAUCGUGCUGCUGCGCUCCCUGUUCGCCUUCAUGUUCUGCAUGCGCUCCUCGGUCCGGCUGCACGACACCAUGUUCCGCAACAUCCUCAGGGCCAAGAUGAGGUUCUUCGACACCAACCCCUCGGGCCGCAUCCUCAACCGCUUCUCCAAGGACAUCGGCGCCGUCGACGAGCUGCUGCCGAGGGCGCUCAUAGAGGUCAUACAGAUAUUCUUGGUGAUGAUCGGAAUCCUGGCGAUGGUUCUGAUAGUCAACUACAUGAUGAUCAUACCGACGGCUAUCAUCGGAGCUCUGUUCGUGGGGAUGAGGACGCUGUACAUUUCCUCUGCGAGAAGCGUGAAGCGUCUGGAAGGAGUCACCCGAAGCCCUGUGUUCUCGCACCUGUCGGCCUCCAUCAACGGGCUGUCCACCAUUCGGUCCUGCAAGGCCCAGGACAUGGUCUGCAAGGAGUUCGACGACUACCAGGACAGACACACUUCUGCCUGGUACAUGUUCCUGUCGUCGAACAUUGCGUUCGGAAUAUGGCUGGACAACUUCAGCAACAUAUUCAUCGGCGUCAUCACCUUCACGUUCCUCCUGUCUCCUGAAGAGACGUUCGGCGCCGGCGUGGGGCUCGCCCUGUCGCAGGCGCUCAUUUUGACGGGCAUGGUGCAGUACGGCGUGAGGAUGUCCACCGAGGUCGUCAGCCAGGUGACGUCCGUGGAGCGGGUGCUGGAGUACACCCGCCUCGACACGGAGCCGGCCCUCGAGUCCCCGCCAGACAAGAAACCUCCCGCGGAGUGGCCUAAAGAAGGCUGCGUCAGAUUCCUGAACCUGUCUCUGAAAUACAGCGAGGACGACCCACCGGUCCUGAAGGACCUGGACUUCAUCAUCCUGCCGUCGCAUAAGGUGGGCAUCGUGGGUCGCACGGGCGCCGGCAAGACGUCGCUGAUCUCGGCGCUGUACCGCCUCGCCGACCUGCACGGCUCCGUGCUCAUAGACGGCGUGGACACGCAGGCAGUUGGCCUGCACGACCUCAGGCAGCGCAUCUCCAUCAUCCCUCAGGAGCCGGUGCUGUUCUCGGCCUCCGUGCGCGAGAACCUCGACCCCUUCGGCGAGUUCGACGACCACCUGCUGUGGAGCGCGCUGGAAGAGGUGGAGCUGAAGGAGUCGGUGGGCUCGCUGGACUUCCACGUGAACGAAGGAGGGUCCAACUUCAGCGUCGGCCAGAGGCAGCUGGUGUGCCUGGCCAGGGCCAUCCUCAGGAACAACAGGAUACUCGUGAUGGACGAGGCGACCGCCAACGUGGACCCUCAGACGGACGCGCUGAUACAGGCGACCAUCAGGAACAAGUUCAAGGAUUGCACGGUGCUCACCAUCGCCCACAGACUCAACACCAUCAUGGACUCCGACAGGGUGUUGGUCAUGGACGCUGGGAGGAUGAUGGAAUAUGACCAUCCCCACCUGCUGCUUCAAAACGAAGAUGGAUACUUCUACAAGAUGGUUCAGGAGACAGGUCCUGCCACAGCUCAGCAACUUCAUCUGAUAGCCGCACAGAAAUACGAGUCACUUAAAAGUCAAGAAGGCUCAAACCGGCGAGAAGAAAUAGUCACAAAACUUUAAUGCAAUGUUAGUUGUUUGUAUGUAUAUUUGUGUUUUUAUAUAAAAUUUAAUGUCCAUUAAAAUAGUUUUUAUAAAA